UUUUCACAGCCCUCUUUUGACUCGUGCAGUAUGCAGGUCCCAGUGAAAAGUGAAUACUUUUAUUCACUGGGAUAAAAGGCCAGAGAAUGUGUGGUAACUUCACUGUGAAUAAAAUUCAAAAAAUGCUGUAACCUCACUGUGAAUAAAACAAGAGGUUGCUAAAUGCUCCAUCACCCUAGCUACUAAACGAGUAGGCACAUUGAAGCGCAUUGGUUCACCAGUGUUUGCUGCUGCAACUACUUUUUAGCCCAGAGUAUAUAUAAAACCGGUUGUGAUGGCAUUCAGGAAAAGACGGUACAAAAACAGAGCACUGUUAUAAUAAAAGAAAGCGGUAAAGCUCUUCCCGGAACAAGCAGUAAGAACUAUUGUUAUAGGUGGAAAUCAACUUUCAGGAAAGUCUUCAUUAGCCCCAAUGACCGCAAUUCUAUCACAUCACGAAACCACAUUGAGAAGUCUAGGGGACGCUAGGAGAGAGGCCACGUGACCCGAGCCUCCUCCAAUGACAUCCUGGCUGCGGUCGGCAGGAGUGUUGUUUAUGCCAAGGAGCCGGAAGUGCUGCUGCGCGCUGUCUUCUUUGGCGUUGAUCGGGGAGCGGGGGUGGGGGGAGCCGCCCCGCGCUAGUUUCCGUGCGGAGAGAGAGCGGAGGAGAGCGGGGAGGGAAAGGCGGCCUGCUUUUGUUCGCGCGGGGCAGGAGGCGAGCGGCGGAUGGCGGCGGAAGGGCGGGGUUGGAGGCAGGCUGCGGCGAUGCACUUGCGUGGCCCUCCAGGCCAGUUCUUUAACCGGCGGCCGGUUUCGACAGCACCGAGGUGGCGUUGAGGGCAGGCAGCUCCCCUGUUUCCACCCCACCCGGGGCUGAGCGAGCAUCAUCAUGCCCUGCACCUGCGGGAACUGGCGGCGCUGGAUCCGGCCGCUGGUGGCCACGGUGUACCUGGUGGGGUUGCUGGUGGCCGUGCCGCUCUGCAUCUGGGAGCUGCAGAAACUGGAGGUUGGAGUUCACACUAAAGCAUGGUUUAUUGCUGGUAUCUUAUUGAUGACAAUACCAAUAUCUCUUUGGGGGAUAUUACAACAUUUAGUUCAUUAUACUCAACCAGAAUUACAGAAACCAAUAAUAAGAAUUCUAUGGAUGGUGCCAAUUUAUAGUUUAGACAGUUGGAUAGCGCUGAAAUAUCCCAACAUUGCAAUAUAUGUGGACACUUGUAGAGAAUGCUAUGCAUAUGUGAUCUAUAACUUCAUGGUAUUUCUUUCAAAUUAUCUUAUCAACCGGUAUCCAAAUUUGGUGUUAAUCAUAGAAGCCAAAGAUCAGCAGCGGCAUCUGCCUCCACUGUGUUGCUGUCCACCAUGGGCUAUGGGAGAGGUGUUGUUGUUUAGGUGUAAGCUUGGUGUUUUACAAUACACAGUUGUCAGACCAUUCACUACUAUUACUGCUUUAAUUUGUGAAUUGAGUGGUGUUUAUGAUGAAGGAAAUUUUAGCUUCAAAAAUGCCUGGACGUAUCUGGUAUUUAUCAACAAUAUAUCCCAGCUUUUUGCCAUGUAUUGCCUUGUGUUAUUUUAUAAAGUACUGCGGGAAGAACUGAACCCAAUCAGACCUGUAGGAAAAUUUCUCUGUGUGAAGAUGGUGGUUUUUGUUUCCUUCUGGCAAGCUGCACUUAUUGCAAUAUUGGUGAAAGUUGGUGUUAUAUCUGAAAAGCACACAUGGGAAUGGCAGAGUGUUGAAGCUGUAGCAACUGGUCUGCAGGAUUUUAUCAUCUGUGUUGAAAUGUUUUUUGCUGCAAUUGCUCAUCAUUACAGUUUUACCUACAAGCCUUAUGUGCAAGAAGCUGAAGAAGGAUCAUGCUUUGAUUCAUUUCUUGCAAUGUGGGAUGUUUCAGAUAUCAGAGCAGAUGUAACAGAACAAGUUCGCAAUGUUGGAAGGACAGUAUUUGGUCAGCCAAGGAAAAUGUUUUUUGGUGAGGAUCAGGAACAAAUGAGCAUACAAGUUUGUUUGUCAACAUCCAGCCCAGACCCAAUUUCUGCUGCUGCUUCGGUACCAUCAUCACCUGUAGGUCACUAUCAAGGAUUCGGACAUACUCUGACUCCAACAACGCUCGACCCUAUAGCUGCUGAUUUGUGUAAUUCUGUAGAAGAGAAUGAGGAUUUUCUGUUCAACCAAAUAGCGUAUAGAUAAAAUUUAAGCUCUGCUCAAAUAUCUUAGGGACCUUUCUUAGACAUUACUUACUAUCUGCUACUCUUUCUUUGGAAGUAAUUUUCUACAAAAGAAUUAUUUAUUGAAGGAUAUACUACAACAAGCCAGGUGUUUGGGCUUUACUUUUACUCUCCCAACUAAUAGUGAAAGAAAUAUGCAUUUGUUAUUCGAUGAAGAUAACCAUCCAUAAAGAACAUAGUUUUAGUGCUAUAUAUGGUACAUAAAUACUGAAUUUGAAUAUUGAAACAAAGUAAGAGGGAACACAUAAUGUAUAUGAUGAAAACAACUCACUGGCAUAGAAUUCUUACAGUAAAUGAGAGCACAUGUUGAGAUUUGAGAAGUUUUAAAUAGGAUUCAAAUUCUAAUUUUUCCAUUGAGUCCUUUUAGUUAACUUAAAUAUACCAGAAUCUUUACGGAGCUAAUAUUUAAAGACUUUAGUAGGACUAAAGUCUUGAAAUUGUUCUUAAAAAAAAAGGCAUGAUCAGCAUAUAAUAAAGUAAAGCUAAUUUGUUUGGGUUGGCCUUGUAGAUUGAAUAAUUUAACAGUGUUUCAAACUUAGCAACUUUAAGAUUGUUGACUUCAAUUCCCAUAAUUCAACUGGGAAUUAUGGGAAUUGAAGUCCACACUUCUUAAAGUUUCCAAGCUUGAAAAACAUUGAUCUGAAAUCUUUAUUAAGAUUGUAUUAAGUGUAUGUUAUACACUACUGAAUGAGUUUAAAAACAUUCUAGUUAACACUAUCAA